UAGUGUAUCAGAAUCUCCAAUUCCACUCAAUUCAAAACUACUCUCUCUCUCUCUCUCUCCUUCUUUUCCACUCUCUCUUCAGUCACUAUGAAACUACACGCAACCGUUGCUUCUCCAACUGACACGUGUAAAACCAUUGAAGUCGCCGUCGUCGAGCGGCACCACCACCGUUCUCCUCCACAAGCCAUCAAGCUUUCGCCGAUCCCCACCGCCGACGAUAAUAAUCCCUAUAACCUUACCUCCCCCGAUGAUGAAAAUAGCGGCGAAGAGUUCUUCAUUCCUCCUCUCAACUUCUCUAUGGUCGAUAAUGGCAUUUUCCGGUCCGGUUUCCCUGACGUUGAUAACUUCUCCUUUCUUCAAACACUUGGCCUUCGUUCCAUCAUAUAUCUGUGUCCAGAACUAUAUCCGGAAUCAAACAUGGAGUUUCUCAAAGCAAAUGAUAUUCGCCUGUUUCAGUUCGGAAUUAAAAAUUGCAAAGAACCUUUUGUUAAUAUUCCAGAAGAGAAAAUUCGCGAAGCUUUGGGGGUUCUAAUCGAUGUUAGAAAUCACCCGGUGUUGAUUCACUGCAAACGCGGGAAGCACCGAACUGGGUGCCUUGUUGGAUGCUUGAGAAAAUUGCAGAAGUGGUGCCUAACAUCUGUGUUUGACGAGUACCAACGUUUUGCUGCUGCCAAAGCAAGAGUGUCAGAUCAGAGGUUUAUGGAGCUUUUUGAUGCAUCCAUCUUCAAACAACAGUCAUUGCCAUUUUCGUGUUCAAAGAGGUAACGCCCAGUACAUGUGAACCAGGGAUUCUGCUUCUUUUCUUUGCUGUCUUUGGCGUUCAAUAAAUUGGAAGAGUUGAUGACUUUUUGAAGUAGUACAUGUUGUUAAAGAAGAUCAAUAAUCAAGGGAAUGGUCAUUCUUAUUCCAUUACAAGAUCAAUUAAAGAAGAUUUACGAGUAUCUCCUUUCUUGGAGAGCUCUUAGCUUCCUCCUUGAAAUUUCCGUAAUAUGUUUAGCAUAGAUAUGCUUAGGUUUCUUUUGAAUUCUGUGACCUGGUAAAGAAGCAUUUAGCCAAUGCUGAUAAGAGUGUUAUUUGUCAUAAAUACCAGUAGAGCUCGUUCUCUCCGUCAGGGUUCUUCCUGCCAACUAUGAUUAAACCAAGGCAGCUACUAGGAACCAAAUUGUACCCGUGAUGAUACCUGGUUUCUGGUUCUCCGACACAUAUCUGUCUGUAACUUAAUAGUAUGUUAUAGUAUCUCUACUAUGCUAGAAGCUUUAAUUAGUUGCAACUAGGAAGGUCCACAAGCAACAAGUGUUCAAUGAUGCUGUUGAGUUCCCCU